UGUCUUCUACCAGGUCCUCAGUCAGGCUAUGAGUAGCUGUGGUUCCGCGGAGCAGGGUAUUGACUAGAUCUCAUCUUACUGAAGAAAGAUGUCUGGACGAGGAAAGGGAGGAAAAGGGCUCGGUAAAGGAGGCGCAAAGCGUCACCGUAAAGUUCUCCGUGAUAACAUCCAGGGAAUUACCAAGCCCGCCAUCCGCCGCCUGGCUCGCCGUGGCGGAGUGAAGCGUAUCUCCGGUCUGAUCUACGAGGAGACCCGCGGCGUGUUGAAGGUUUUCCUUGAGAACGUGAUCCGCGAUGCUGUCACCUACACCGAGCACGCCAAGAGGAAGACCGUCACCGCCAUGGACGUGGUGUAUGCUCUGAAGAGACAGGGCCGCACUCUGUACGGCUUCGGCGGAUAAACUUACUUUCCAACAGCUCAACAACACAACGGCUCUUUUAAGAGCCACACACUUCGUCAAUGAGAGCUCACAUCCUCUGCUCAACAACAAUAAGUCGUUCUCCGAGUAGAUGUCUUACAAUGUCAAGAUUUUGAAGUUAUUUCAUAUCAAAACAUCAAAUAAUGCAAUUAUAAAUCGUAGUUUCCUCUUUAAUUUCUAAAUUUAAGUUACACUUGAAAGCCGUUUGUUUAUAUUUAUACUGUUAUUUAUAUAUACACGUGUGUGUGUGUGUGUAUUUAUAUAUAUAUAUAUAU